AUCACCGAUUUUUUUACAGACAAUUGUGCCAAAUACUACCCGUGAUAGUUGAUGCCAAUUUAAGUAUAAUUUUAUAAUUACUAUAAAGUAAUAUCUGAUGAUUAGCAUGUACAAAGUUUUCCCCGCUUGACGUAAACAUGCAAAACAAACAAAUGACGGCAUUUAUCAUAACUGGACAGCCAGGAGUCGGUAAGACUACGCUUAUUCGCAAGCUAUGCAGCGAAUUGAGCGUCCACAGCAAAUUGGCAGGCUUUUACACAGAGGAGAUACGAACGAACGGCCAGCGGAUUGGAUUCGACGUGGUUACUGUGGAUGGCACACGCGGAAUUCUGGCCCGUGAGAAUCCAUCGGAUAAUCUACGCCGGCCCAAGGUGGGCAAGUAUGCUGUUUAUGUAAAAGAUUUCGAGGAUCUGGCGCUGCCACUCCUGAAAGUCACCCCACAAUCGCAACAACUGCUGAUAAUCGAUGAAAUCGGGAAAAUGGAGCUGCUAAGCAGACGUUUUGAAGCUGCCGUCAAUGAAUUGGUUAAGCAAAAGCAGCCCAUUCUAGUCACCAUACCCUUACACACGCGUCAACCCAUUCCGAUCGUGGAACGUCUUAAAAACUCACCUGAUGCAGUCACCUUCCACGUGACCAGAAACAAUCGCGAUGGCCUGACACAAGAUAUUACAGAGUAUAUUGUUAAUGCGCUGUUUAAAGGGAAAUAGUUAAUUGGGAAGAUGCAGCGCAGGCGGCGCAGACAAAGUAUUCAUACUGAUUAGUUGUUACUUUUCGGGACUUUGUCAAAAACGUCAACAAAUUCUUUAAAAAAUUAAAUUUAAAUUCUUCAGGAAAUUCCGAUGAAA